GCCAUUCUCCUGCCUCAGCCUCCCGAGUAGCUGGGACUACAGGCGUCCGCCACUACGCCCGGCUAAUUUUUGUAUUUUUUAGUAGAGACGGGGUUUCACCUUGUUAGCCAGGAUGGUCUCGAUCUCCUGACCUCGUGAUCCUCCCGCCUCAGCCUCCCAAAGUGCUGGGAUUACAGGCGUGAGUCACCGCGCCCGGCAAUACUGAUGUUUUAAGCAGUUAGAGGAGGUGGAAGAAGCUCGACUCUCUCUUCCUCCCCAUUAUCUGCCCCCAAUCCCCUCCUUUGGAGCUGCUAAUGAUGACUAAUUCUUAACAUUCGAGUUCAAUCUCCUCCCGGAGACACCCUCCCAGGCGAGGGCACUGCGACUACACUGAGGUUCUGCCCACUCCUGGGCAGCUUCUUAGCUGGGUGGCGAAAACAAAAAUGCCGCCUAAUUGGUCACUGGCCCUUUCUCAUGAAUGAAGGAGGUUUCUGUUUUAAGAAAUAAAGUGACUCCUCAGCCGUUGAUUCACUGCCCACAGGGAGAUUUUGAGCAGAGGCUUCCUAGGCUCCGUAGAAAUUUGCAUACAGCUUCCACUUCCUGCUUCAGAGCCUGUUCUUCUACUUACCUGGGCCCGGAGAGGGUGGAGGGAGGCCCAGGGCGACCCAAGGUGGAGAGAGACGAGAAGCCGCCGAGAGCCGACCACCCUCCGGGCCCGGUCUGUCUGUCCGUGGUGGUUCUAAGAAACUAGAAUGAACCGAAGCAUUCCUGUGGAGGUUGAUGAAUCAGAACCAUACCCAAGUCAGUUGCUGAAACCAAUCCCAGAAUAUUCCCUGGAAGAGGAAUCAGAACCACCUGCUCCAAAUAUAAGGAACAUGGCACCCAACAGCUUGUCUGCACCCACCAUGCUUCACAAUUCCUCCGGAGACUUUUCUCAAGCUCACUCAACCCUGAAACUUGCAAAUCACCAGCGGCCUGUAUCCCGGCAGGUCACCUGCCUGCGCACUCAAGUUCUGGAGGACAGUGAAGACAGUUUCUGCAGGAGACACCCAGGCCUGGGCAAAGCUUUCCCUUCUGGGUGCUCUGCAGUCAGCGAGCCUGUGUCUGAGUCUGUGGUUGGAGCCCUCCCUGCAGAGCAUCAGUUUUCAUUUAUGGAAAAACGUAAUCAAUGGCUGGUAUCUCAGCUUUCAGCGGCUUCUCCUGACACUGGCCAUGACUCAGACAAAUCAGACCAAAGUUUACCUAAUGCCUCAGCAGACUCCUUGGGCGGUAGCCAGGAGAUGGUGCAACGGCCCCAGCCUCACAGGAACCGAGCAGGCCUGGAUCUGCCAACCAUAGACACGGGAUAUGAUUCCCAGCCCCAGGAUGUCCUGGGCAUCAGGCAGCUGGAAAGGCCCCUGCCCCUCACCUCCGUGUGUUACCCCCAGGACCUCCCCGGACCUCUCAGGUCCAGGGAGUUCCCUCAGUUUGAACCUCAGAGGUAUCCAGCAUGUGCACAGAUGCUGCCUCCCAAUCUUUCCCCACAUGCUCCAUGGAACUAUCAUUACCAUUGUCCUGGAAGUCCUGAUCACCAGGUGCCAUAUGGCCAUGACUACCCUCGAGCAGCCUACCAGCAAGUGAUCCAGCCGGCUCUGCCUGGGCAGCCCCUGCCUGGAGCCAGUGUGAGAGGCCUGCACCCUGUGCAGAAGGUUAUCCUGAAUUAUCCCAGCCCCUGGGACCAAGAAGAGAGGCCCGCACAGAGAGACUGCUCCUUUCCGGGGCUUCCAAGGCACCAGGACCAGCCACAUCACCAGCCACCUAACAGAGCUGGUGCUCCUGGGGAGUCUUUGGAGUGCCCUGCAGAGCUGAGACCACAGGUUCCCCAGCCUCCGUCCCCAGCUGCUGUGCCUAGACCCCCUAGCAACCCUCCAGCCAGAGGAACUCUAAAAAUAAGCAAUUUGCCAGAAGAAUUGCGGAAAGUCUUUAUCACUUAUUCGAUGGACACAGCUAUGGAGGUGGUGAAAUUCGUGAACUUUUUGUUGGUAAAUGGCUUCCAAACUGCAAUUGACAUAUUUGAGGAUAGAAUCCGAGGCAUUGAUAUCAUUAAAUGGAUGGAGCGCUACCUUAGGGAUAAGACCGUGAUGAUAAUCGUAGCAAUCAGCCCCAAAUACAAACAGGAUGUGGAAGGCGCUGAGUCGCAGCUGGACGAGGAUGAGCAUGGCUUACAUACUAAGUACAUUCAUCGAAUGAUGCAGAUUGAGUUCAUAAAACAAGGAAGCAUGAAUUUCAGAUUCAUCCCUGUGCUCUUCCCAAAUGCUAAGAAGGAGCAUGUGCCCACCUGGCUUCAGAACACUCAUGUCUACAGCUGGCCCAAGAAUAAAAAAAACAUCCUGCUGCGGCUGCUGAGAGAGGAAGAGUAUGUGGCUCCUCCACGGGGGCCUCUGCCCACCCUUCAGGUGGUUCCCUUGUGACACCGUUCAUCCCCAGAUCACUGAGGCCAGGCCAUGUUUGGGGCCCUGUUCUGACAGCAUUCUAGCUGAGGCUGGUCGGUAGCACUCCUGGCUGGUUUUUUUCUGUUCCUCCCCGAGAGGCCCUCUGGCCCCCAGGAAACCUGUUGUGCAGAGCUCUUCCCCAGAGACCUCCACACACCCUGGCUUUGAAGUGGAGUCUGUGACUGCUCUGCAUUCUCUGCUUUUAAAAAAACCAUUGCAGGUGCCAGUGUCCCAUAUGUUCCUCCUGACAGUUUGAUGUGUCCAUUCUGGGCCUCUCAGUGCUUAGCAAGUAGAUAAUGUAAGGGAUGUGGCAGCAAAUGGAAAUGACUACAAACACUCUCCUAUCAAUCACUUCAGGCUACUUUUAUGAGUUAGCCAGAUGCUUGUGUAUCCUCAGACCAAACUGAUUCAUGUACAAAUAAUAAAAUGUUUACUUUUUUGUAA